AUGGGUUAUGACACUGACUGCUUAGCAUGGACCCAAAAUUUUGACUUUGAAGGAUCGCUUUCCCCAGUCAUCGCACCCAAGAAAGCAAGGCCUUCUGAGACUGGCUCUGAUGAUGACUGGGAAUAUUUACUGAAUUCAGACUACCAUCAGAAUGUGGAGUCUCAUCUUUUGAACAGAUCUUUAUGUUUGAGCCCUUUAGAAGUUUCACAGAUGAAAGAUGAGGAUUUUUCACAGAACCUCAGUCUGGAUUCUUCUAUACUUCUCUUUACUCACAUACCUGUGAUUUUUUUUGUUCUUCACCUUGUCUACAAGGAGCAUAAGUUGAAUACUCUAAUGGGAGAAGGAAUUUGUUCACUUGUUGACCUUCUUGUUCAUUUGGCAAGGGAUUUAAAAUUGGGGCCUUAUGUGGAUCAUUACUAUAGAGACUACCCAAUGCUUGUUAGAACUACUGGAAAAGUGCGCACGAUUGAUCAAGGUCAAACAGGAUUUAUGCAUCACCCAUCAUUUUUUACUUCUGAGCCACCAAGUAUUUAUCAGUGGGUGAGCUUUCGUCUGAAGGGUGAAGGAAUGCCACCCUAUCCUUACCUCCCUGGAAUCUGUGAAAGAAGCAGAUUGGUAGCCUUGAGUAUUGCACUCUACAUACUUGGUGACGAGAGCUUUGUUUCUGAUGAAGCUUCGCAAUAUUUAUCCAGCAUAACUAUAGGAUUCACUUUAAGAGAUUUGGAAACUCUUCCCUUUGGAAUUGCUUUUACCAUCAGAGAUAUAAUUUAUCACUGCUGCAAGCAGCCUGCUUCAGACUGGCUUGAAGUUGUCUGUCUCUUGAUUGGUCGUCAGGAUCUUUCCAAGCAGGCGUGUGAAGGAAACUUACCCAAAGGGAAAUCUGUGCUCUCAUCAGAUGUUCCUUCAGGAACAGAAACUGAGGAGGAAGAUGAUGGCAUGAAUGACAUGAAUCAUGAGGUUAUGUCAUUAAUAUGGAGUGAAGAUUUAAGGGUACAGGACGUGCGAAGGCUUCUUCAGAGUGCGCAUCCUGUCCAUGUCAAUGUUGUGCAAUACCCAGAACUCAGUGACCAUGAGUUCAUUGGAGGAAAAGAAAGCAG